CAUCAAUCGCCAAAACAAUAUAUUGAAAUAUGGCAUGAGAGGCCAUUUUCGCUAUAGGCAUCAAGUUGAUUAUUCUAAGACUAGGACUUUUCCAAUUUCCUUGUUGAUUAUUCACCAAUGAUAUUCAGACACGUAACAAAGACCAGCUCACCAUUGUUGACUUAGGUCACAUCCGCCUUGUAAAAACGUUCCCAUGUGGAGACCAACAAGUCGCCCACGCCCCUCACCAUUGGACUUGUCUAAAUGUUUUCCUAUCAGUAUGAUUCUACCCUCAAUAUAUCUCAAUAUUCAGGAAUGCCUGUCCACCACAUCCAUGUGAUUCAAUCAAAGGGAAGGGGCACAACAGAUGAUUGAAUCCUAAUGGCAGAGAUUGUCACUUCUGCUGUUGUUCAAGAGACAGUUAGCCAAGUUCUAUCUGGUCUGGUUCAAAAAUAUGAGGAGAAAGAGGAAUCAAAUGUGAUCAGAAACUUGGAGAGGCUAGAGAUGGCACACAUCAGGCUGGAGGCUGCUCUUGAGACAUCAGAAAAGUGGCAAAUCACUGAUGCCUCCAUGUUGCGUUGGCAUAGGAAGCUCAAGCUUGUUGCUCAAGAAUGCGAUGAAAUGCUGCACAAAUGCAAGCUUCGUAUUCUAGAAGAUGAACAGAUGGAACAAGAGGUAAGGAGUUCCUCUGUUGCUAAACGGGUUGUGCAUGCUACCAAGUCAUUUGUUUGCUCCUUACUUAACUGCAAUAGUAACGAAUUGAGCAGAUCCAUUACUCAAAGGUUUGAGUGGUAUGCUGAUGGGGCUAGUCAGUUCCUGAGAUUCAUACAGUUUGGUAGCACGCCAAGGUGUCACAUGACCUUUCACUCCCUUGUCGAGAACCUUUUUGCAGGCAAGGAACUACAUCAUAAAAUAGUUAGGGGAAUCGAGUACCCUUCAUUUCAAUUUUCAUUGGUGCCUAUCAUCAGUCAAGUACAUGGAAUAGAGGCUAUCCUGGUACUUAUCCAGAAUGAUGGUACAGCAGAGGGUAAUAUCUACUUUAGAAUAACAGUACAACUUUCAGAGUGUACAGACAUAGUUGGGAUCGCAAUUCGGUGCUUGCAGUUGUUGGCCCCUCAUCUCAAAUGUACAGUUGAAAAUUUUAGGAACGAACUUAUUCAACUACUUACUCAAGAUCUGUCAUGGAUGCCAUUUGUUUAUUCCUACCAGAAAGAACAACUCCAUUUUCUAAUACUUGGGUCUCAAUGGCUUCGCCCGAACCCAUUACGUUGCAAACAGAAUGUUCGGCAUAUUAGCAGCUUACAGAUGGCAGGACCAUUAGAGUUUUUUCUGGAACCAGUACUUGAAGUGAAUUUGCACUGUCAUGUCUCAUUGUCUGUAUCCAACAAAAAAAGACCUUGCUAUCUCAAAACAUGAUUUCUCUGCAGGAUUCUCCAUAUCUAAAAGCCGGGAUUCACUUUGCACCCCACCGCUCUCCGAAAGACAUGCUGCCUGCAAAUAGAAGUUCUGAAAUAGUAAUGAUAGUCGGCGAGGAUCAACAUUGUUUGAGUGUAGAUGUUACCUUGGAACAACUAGAAGAGAUCAUGAUUCCAAAGGCAAUAGAUUACUUCUACCGGAAUACUAAAGCAACAAUUUACAAAAUGAUUUGGAAGACUAAACAUAGCUCUGCACUUAUUCAGGUUGAGAAGGCAAGCAUGAGCACACAGAAAUGUUUUGGGGGGCCUAGGAAAAGAAAGCUGUUGCAAGGACAGGAAGAGGAGCUUAUAAGUGAAAAAUGUAUGAUUGCUCACUUGUUCGACUCAUGGCUUGCACAUGUGCCCGUUCAACUAAUAAGUGCGUUCAAGGACUGGUUGCAGAAGAAAAGGAAAGUUAGUAGCACUGCAGCAAUACCUGAAAUUCUAAAUCAUGUAACAUAGAUCUAUAAAGGAAACAAUGAAGGAAUAGAAGAAAAUAUUGGAGUUACUAAUUCAUAAUUGAGGACAAUCUACCAAGGCAUCAUAGUAUAGACACUAUCAGAAUUCAGAGCAUGAAUAUGGUCAAACUGUUGAAAUACAGGGGUAAUCGAAGCAAAGUUAACAGCAUCAAGGUUGUAGAGUUACAUGUCCAAUAUUUGUGUCAUGUUGGUCAUAAUUAAGAAGUAUGUUGUACAUUAAUUAAGAAUACUAGUGUGACACCCACUCUUUGGAGGAUUUUCAAUGUGUGGUUGAUAUGUUGAUCUUUGUCUUCCAAUAGCUGAUUAUAUGAAUGGGUAUUACUACAUGGUUUUCGAUAUACCUUAAAUGCAAAAUGUACUUACUUGUUUGCGGAAGUUGGGGCAUGGGAUUAAAA